UGACAUAAACACAUCAGUUAAACUCACAGAAGUCUGAUUCUCAAGCAUCUGAUGAUCCACUUGUGGCCCAAAGAAAGAGACCUGAUCAGGAAGCUCAGAAGAGCUCAAUUUAUUGUACUCUUUGACUCGGUUCACUCCCAAAACCCACUGAAGCCUUCUGAUGGAGAAUCCCGGGUUCGAGAAAUCUAAAGAUGACCCUCCACAGUACGAGGAGACGUCUUUUUGUGGAAACGGAUUCAAUAACAGGGAACGGCGAGCCGUGCGGCCGUCUGUGACCAGUGCUUUUGGACACAACACUCUGGACCGGGUGCCAAACGUUGACUUCUAUCGUAACGCGGCGAGCAUCAGCGGACACAGAGCCAUCAGACCUUCCCUACAGGAGCUGCACGAUGUUUUCCAGAAGAAUGGAGGUCUUGAUAUUCCCAGUUCGGGUGAGGACGGAGAAGGAGCGGACACCUCGACGCUGGGCGAUGUGGAGUCCAUCAUCCCGCUGGAAGAGAAGGACGCCGGAGGAAUGGUGAAAUUUGGAUGGAUCAAAGGAGUUCUGGUGAGAUGCAUGCUGAAUAUCUGGGGUGUCAUGCUGUUCAUACGGCUGUCGUGGGUGUUCGGACAAGCGGGAAUAGGUUUGGGGAUAGUGGUUGUGUUGUUGAGCGUGGUGGUGACCAGCGUCACCUGUCUGUCCAUGUCAGCUAUAUGCACCAAUGGAGUGGUACGAGGAGGUGGAGCGUAUUACCUCAUUUCCCGCAGUCUGGGACCUGAAUUCGGUGGCUCCAUCGGUCUGAUCUUUGCGUUCGCCAAUGCUGUGGCCGUGGCUAUGUAUGUCGUGGGGUUUGCAGAGACUAUGGUGGAGCUUCUCAAGGAGAACGACGCUCUUAUAGUGGAUCCGAUGAAUGACAUCAGGAUCAUCGGCUGUAUAACAGUGGUUCUGCUGAUGGGCAUCACUGUGGCAGGGAUGGAGUGGGAGGCCAAGGCUCAGGUCGCUCUCUUGGUGAUCCUGCUGGUGGCCAUUGCCAAUGUAUUUGUGGGAACAGUGAUUCCCUCCACACAGGACAAGCGCUCCAAAGGCUUCUUUAACUAUCAAGAAUCCAUCGCCAAGGAAAACUUUCUCCCGGAGUUCCGAGAUGGAGAAACGUUCUUCUCUGUCUUUGCCAUCUUCUUCCCAGCAGCCACCGGGAUCCUGGCUGGAGCCAAUAUCUCUGGAGAUCUGAGAGACCCUCAGGCAGCUCUUCCCAAAGGAACGCUGCUGGCCAUCUUCAUCACUGGAGUUACGUACCUGGGCAUCGCUCUGGUUGUUUCUGUGACGGUCGUUCGAGAUGCAACAGGGAACCGGAACGACACGAUUCAACCGGGUUUGAGCUGCAACUUCUCCUCGGCCUGUGAUCUGGGCUACGACUUCUCCAUCUGCCAAACCACCAAAUGCAACUACGGCCUCAUGAACAACUUCCAGGUGAUGACUCUAGUAUCUGGGUUUGGACCUCUGAUCACGGCGGGAACGUUCUCGGCCACGCUUUCCUCCGCUCUCGCGUCUCUAGUGAGCGCGCCCAAAGUCUUCCAGGCUCUAUGCAAGGACAACAUCUACAAGGCCCUCAAGUUCUUCGCCAAAGGUCACGGGAAAAACAACGAGCCAAUCAGAGGAUACGUCCUGACCUUCUUCAUCGCUGUAGCGUUCAUCCUCAUCGCUGAGCUCAACACCAUCGCUCCCAUCAUCUCCAACUUCUUCCUGGCUUCAUACGCCCUCAUCAACUUCUCCUGCUUCCACGCAUCAUACGCCAAAUCCCCAGGUUGGAGACCGGCGUAUAAAUACUAUAACAUGUGGCUGUCUCUGUUCGGAGCCGUGCUCUGCUGCGCUGUGAUGUUUGUGAUUAACUGGUGGGCUGCUUUACUCACCUACGGCAUCGAGUUCUUCCUCUAUAUUUACGUAACCGUGAAGAAGCCAGAUGUGAACUGGGGCUCGUCCACUCAAGCUGUGACGUUCAUAAACGCAGUGAACGACGCUCUGAUUUUGUCGGCUGUAGACGAACACAUCAAGAACUUCAGACCCAAGUGUCUCGUGAUGACAGGAUCGCCCAGAACCAGACCGGCUCUGCUGGACUUGGCACAUUCAUUCACUAAGAAUUAUGGGCUGUGUCUGACCUGUGAGGUGUUUGUGGGUGUGCGUGAUAAGAAUCUGCAGGACAUGAGCGCUGCUGUUCAGCAGAUCCAGAAGUGGCUGAACAAACAGAAGCGCAAAGCCUUUUACACACCGGUCACCAGCGAGAACCUGCAGAGAGGAGCAGAAGCACUGAUGCAGGUGUCAGGACUUGGCAGGAUGAAGCCGAACACAGUGAUGUUAGGAUUCAAGCGUGACUGGAGAAUCGCCAAACCACAGGAAGUACAAAGCUACGUGGGAAUUCUGCAUGAUGCGUUUGAUUUCGAGCACGGGACCGUGAUACUGAGAAUCAGUCAGGGGAUGGACAUCUCUCACAUCCUCAAAGCUGAAGAGGAAAUGGAGCGCAUGAUCAUGGCGCAGCAGGCGCUGGAGAUGGAGGAGAAUGAUUUUCAACCACAAGGAGGAAAAUGGUUCUUCAACAAGUCCAAGAAAAACUCCAAAAAAGAGCUGACCAGCAAAGCGUCUCUGGAUGUUCCUCAGACGUCAGAUCUGGCGAAGAUGAACCAGCGUCUGGUGGACGCCAGCGGACAGUUCAAGAAGAAACAGGGCAAAGGGACGAUUGACGUCUGGUGGCUGUUUGAUGACGGAGGUCUCACGCUUCUCCUGCCUCAUAUUCUGACCACCAGGAAGAAAUGGAAGGACUGUAAACUUAGGAUCUUCAUCCCCGGGCGACCGGAACGCAUCGAACAGGACAAAGAGGAGAUGCAGGAACUUCUCAAGAAGUUCAGGAUCAAAUGUGCCGACAUCAAAGUUAUCACAGACAUCAACGUCAAGCCCAGCGCAGAGAGCUGGAAACUGUUCAAGGAUAUGAUCGAGCCGUUCCGGAUGCACGAGGGCUCAAAGGAGACAUCGCAGGCUGAAGCUCUGAGGAAAGAUCAUCCCUGGAAGAUCACAGAUGCUGAGCUGGACGCCUUCGAGGAGAAGACGAUGCUGCAGGUGCGACUCAAUGAGCUUCUUCAGGAGAGCUCCAGAGCAGCCAAACUCGUUGUGGUGAGCUUGCCCAUCGCCCGUAAAGGCUCAGUGUCUGAUCAUCUGUACAUGGCCUGGAUAGAUGCACUCACCAAAAAUCUCCCGCCGACUGUCCUGAUACGAGGAAACCAUCAAAGCGUGCUGACCUUCUACUCCUGAAGAGCACACACACACACACACACAAACAGCAUCCCACUCAUGUAUAUUGCACAAAAAUGAAUCUAUCUAUAUCUGACUUAUCUGAUCAGACAUUUUCAAACAAAGUAACAUUUAAAAUGCAAAAUAAAAAGCCAUUCACUGAAAUUAACAUAUGAUAAGGCACAUUGUAUAUGAAGAAUGAACCCAUGAUUAUGUAUUAUUUGAUCAGAAACUUUUCUUAUCAAUGCAGAAAACUGCUUUUGCUGCUCGAUGUAUUUCUGAAAACUGUGAUACACUACCAUUCAAAAGUAGGGGGGAAAUAUGAUUUUAAAAAUAAAUGUAUACUUUUAUUCAGCAAGGAUGCAUAAAAUUGAUCAAAAGUGACGGAAAAGACAUUCAUGGUGUUGAUAUCGAAUUUCAAAGAAAUUUAGAAUUAAAAAAAAAACUUUCUAUUCCAAUUUUUUUACCUAGAAUAACAUGAAUCAUUCUGAAUAAAAGCCAUUGACUGAAUUUAAAAUGCAACAUAUUGAGGUAUAAAUAGCAUGAUUUAAACAUACUGUAAUGAAGACUAUUCACUACACAGUGUGCUAGUAUCCAGUGGCUCUAUACUGCCCUCUACUGGACAUCUGUGUAAACAAAAGCACUUUAGUGUCAAAUUAUUCAGUGAUCAAUUCAAAUCUUAUUUUUUUGUCAUAUAUAGUGAUAUUUUUGUUAAUUAACGGUCAUUAUGAUUGCCGAUCGUAUUUAUAUGGUACUAGUAAAGACUGUGUGAAAUUAUUUCAUGAUAUGUUCAUUUUCAAUGACAAAAAAUUGUUCUCACAGUAAAUAAACCAAUUUAGAAAAAUGC